AUGCGCUUAAAAUCCCCUUCUCUUAAGAAAACACCCAUUUCCUCGAUCUCAACACAGCACACAGCGCUAGCAUGCCACAAGGGCUUCCCGCUUGAUAGGAAGAUGGAUGUAUUAAUUCCCAUAAGGACCCUCAAAGAGCCGAAGACCGGUAGUACGCUACCAGACCGGAGGUUCACUGGAUCUUUUGGUCAGAUAAGGCGAUAUGGGUCCUAA